AUGGCGCUCCCACUUUACAUCCCAUCUUGCAUCCACACUCCCGUUGACCGGUAUCAUCUCCCUCCGCAUGACCAACCGCUUAGAAUCCAAAUUGAAGGUCCCCUCAUCGCCAUACAAAGACUUUUGCCGCAUAUCUCGUGGUGUCUAGAUAUUUCGAAUCGAUCUUUCCCACAGCCAGCAGGCCCGGAGCUAGCACGGUUGGCGUAUCAAAAGUUAUACGGACGAGACCACCCGGGUGACCUAGUGGUGCGCGAUGAAUACUUGGGUUGGAUACCGGAGAAGCGUCCAGAGGAGUUGAUUGACUACUACGGCGUCACAUUUGACCACCUUGUCCCGGCUGAUGAUAGCAACCCUGAGGUGUUACAGAUAAAUAUUAUCGAGGUUGAGGAUGACAAUGGUGUAUAUGCAAAUACAUGGCUUCUAUUCGCAGUAGAUCCGGGUGAGUUUAUUGGGAAGAAGGUCCUGGCAGUGCCGAGAUGUUGCCAGAAGAGAAAGGGGACACAAGAUCGCUGGCGGGUGAAUGCGCUUGUGGACCAGAGGGUUCACGGGUGGGAAACAUUGAAGGGAGCCAAAGAAUUUGGGAAAUGCAACUGA